AUGACUACCUACCCGCCUUUUUCAAAAGAAAUCGACAAGUUUAAAUUGUAUCUGCAGAAAAUCAUUGAAUUCAUGUCUCAUGAUAGCGGAUUCUUUCAAUUUGGCUUCAUCAAAUUUAAAAUUUGCUCACUUGUCAAAGAUGUUGAUGUCGACUUGGUGUUUUUAUUCAUUUUUCUUCCUUUUCUUUUCUUUCUUCCUAUCUUAUUCUUUAAUCAUUUUCCUUUCCUCAUUCUUUCUUUCUUUUCUUUAACCUGUUUUUUCAUUUUUGUUUCCUCUUUUUGUUUUAAUAUUUUCAUUCUUUUUCUUGAUGCCUUUAUUUCUUGUUUCUUUAGUCCUUUUAAUUCAUUUUUCUCAUUUUCUUUCCUUAUUUUUCUUAAAUCAUUUCUUCUAUCCUUUCUUUCUUUAUUCUUCAAUCUUUUUCUUCAUUUUUUACUUCCUUUAUUCAUUUUCCUUCCUUUAUUUCGUUCUCUGUUUUUUCUUUGUUUCUUCUGUUUAUUCUCUAAUUCCUUUUUUUCUGAAUUCAUUCGCAUGCGAUUUAUAAAUUACUUUUGCUCAGCUUAUUUUUAUUUCCCUUUUCUUUCCUUUUCUUUUUCCUCUUUCUUAUUUUCUUUCUUUCUUAUAAACCUUCGUUAUAACUUUAUCAUUUUCUACGUUUUUUUUUUCAUUCUUUCUUUCUUUCUUUUAGACCUUCGUUAUAAUUUUCUACGGUUUUCUUUUUUUCUUAUGGACCUUCAUUAUAACUUUAUCAUUUUCUACGCUUUUCUAUCUUUCUUUCUUUUAGACUUUCGUUAUAACCUUAUCAUUUUUUACCGUUUCUUUCUUUCUCUUUUUUGUUCUUUCUUUUUCGCUUUCUUUCUUUCUUUCUUUUUCUUUUUUUUUAUAUAA